GGAGGAAGGUUGGUGAGACGCAAGUAAGAAAUACUUUACAUAGACGUUGUUUCGAAGGUUAUGAUAAAUUACCUAUCAAGAAAAAUGAUUGGUUUUGAAUCUAGCACACAAUCAUCAGUAGAAAGAAUGGUUGAAAGGCAGACAAGAAUUGCUAUGAAAAAACGAAAAACACGAAGAGGGAAAAAGAAGAAAGAAUUUGGAUCAAUCGAGAAAUUUCCGGCGAAGUAUUCAGAUGAGUCGUGUCAUAUUGAUUGUGGGUUUUCCUCCUGUCGAUAUUGUAUGAACGAGUCAAUAGAUAUUUGUAAUCGGACAGACGCGAAAUGCUUAAAAGAUACGCGUCGCAAGAAAACCCGCCAAAUACACCGACCAAGAUACAGUCUUAAAGCGCCACACAAUUCUACGCAGUUUAUAAUGGAUGGACACUUAAAAGAUCAGAGUUUUUACGAUAAUUUUGAUUCACCAGAGUAUUCCUGUGAUACAUCUAAAACACUACAUGAACUGGGGUAUUCGCCAAACAGUUGUAGUGAUUAUGGUUUGGAUACAUUGUUCAGAGACUCCGAAAUUAUGGAUUUUGGUAUGGCUACAACGGAUACGGUAGCAUUUAUGGAACAGGAUUUCGAAAGUGUCAUGAGAAACGCUCAAAUGGACGAAAUUUCAAAUCUGUCGAAAGAAGAACUGUUAAAAAGAGUGUUAGUAAUGGCCGAAAAAUCGGAACAACUUGAAAAAGAACUUGAACAGUCCAGUAGUGACCGAAGUUUCUUUGGGGAUAACGAUUCCACGUUAGGAAACAACAUAAGUGGACAGGGAUAUUUAUCAAAAUUGCUACAAGAGAAUGUAAAAUUAAAACACGAAAAUCAUCAAUUGAAAGAAAUGCUCUCUGAAGUUAAAAAAUGAAACUUUUAUCUCCUGAAAAACUGAAGCAGUGCUCGCGCACACAGCUCUUCCUAUAAUGAACUAUCUUUAUUUUAUGUUUUAUUCUAGAAUAAUCAAACAUCAAGAGUACAUAUUAGGAUUUUGAAAUGUAAAUAUGUUGAGAUUAAAGAACUUUGGUAAAUGAUAAAGCAUUUGCAUGAAAGUACUCCAUAGAUCAGAGGAAAAUAAGUGUAUAUUUGUGGGAAAAAAUGUCAUCCACAUAAAAGCAAGUUAUAUUAUUAGUCCAAAACUUGUCAUGUUCUACCUCAGUUUUUAAUGUUCCAUUUUAAAUAUUAAAAAGAAAAUAAUUUAAGCUGUCUGUUUUGUUAAUGAUUUACUAAUUUGGAGAUUUUAUUUUUCAGCGAGGUACAACUUCGCGUGCCUUGAAGUCAAUCGACCUGUAACAGGAUCUGGUUGACCAGCCGGUCAAGAUCUUGUUUCUUGGGUUACGGAUAUGAUCAAGCAGCACAGAAUGGAGGAUGAGGACCUCAUGGAACUUGACAUGCUGGCUUCCAUGUCGUGGCGCUGUAACGAUCUCUCCAGGACGCUACCACAGUCCUGGAAGCUAGACAACGAAGCCUGUCUAACCGAUGCUGUUAACAAACGAUUACAUAUGUAUUAAUUGAUUUGUUUUAAUUCAGAUUCAUACUUGUGCCUUAUUUCACCAUGGAUGUAUUGAAGAUUAUUACAUGUAAAGUAAACAAUUAUUUUACAUUCAAUGAAUAAGU